AUGUGCUCAUAUCUGCAGGUGACGCAUGGUGAACCCCAGAAGUCCUGCUCCAAGGUGACCGACAGCUGCCAACACAUCUGCCAGUGCCGGCCUCCGCCCCCACUGCCCCCACCACCCCCACCCCCACCGCCUCCUAGACUGCUCUCCGCCCCAGCUCCCAACUCUACCUCGUGCCCCACUGAGGACAGCUGGUGGUCCGGGCUGGUGAUUGUCAUCGCUGUGUGUUGUGCCUCCCUGGUGUUUCUGACCGUGCUUGUCAUCAUUUGCUACAAAGCCAUAAAAAGGUGA